AGUAUAUUUUUCUAUCUAAUGUUAGAGUAUUAAAAUCUUGAGUUUUAAAUUUGAUAAAAUAUAAAACAUUCGUACACUGCCAAGAAAUAAUAAAAAAAAAAUUGAAAUUUUAUAUUGAAAUCUGAGAACAUCAUAAUUCAAUUGGCCACAGCUUGAAGAUUAUUUGCAUUUGCAAUAAUAAACGACAAAACAAAAUAAAAUUAAUGUCAAUGAUACCAUAAAGAAUUCCGAAUUCAUUGAUAUAUAAAAUGGCUGAACUUCUAAAAUCAAAAAUGUUAUUGGCUGCUGGCCUUGGAAUUGGUGCAACAGCAAUUGCUGGUUGGUAUUAUCAAAAUCGUAAACAAUUUAUACCACCAACUGAAUGGAAACGUAUUGGUGUUCUUGAAAAAUUAUAUUAUUAUCCAAUAAAAUCAUGUUAUCCAAUUGUAUUGGAUACAGCUGAUUGUGAUGAUAUUGGUUUACGUAAUGGAAAAUUUAAAGAUCAUCAAUUUAUGCUUAUUGAUACAAAAAAUAAUUUAAUAACAUGCCGAACAUAUCCAAAAUUAUUAAAAGUUAAACCAAAAAUAAUUAAUGGAGAAUUAUAUGCAACAGCACCUAAUAUGGAACCAUUACGUAUAACAUAUGAGAAAUUUGUUGAAAGUAAUAAAGGUGAUGUUAAAGUGAAAUUUUAUAAAGUUGAUGUUUAUGUUACUCUGUGCGGUGAGGAAUAUGAUAAAUGGUUUUCAAAAUAUAUAUUAGAUAAAGAUGAUGGAAUACGUUUAGCAUAUUAUCCAUAUCCGAUGGCAACUAAAUUAAAAGAUCCAUCUAAAGAAUUUGCAACGAAAUUCUUUAGGAAUGAAGAUACGGGAUCAUUUCAAGAUGUUUCAAGUUAUAUGCUAAUCAAUUAUUCAUCAGUUGAUGAGCUGAAUACUCGUUUAGAAACACGAAAAGAAGCAAAUGUUGAUCCAUUAGCUUUUCGGGGUAAUUUUUAUAUUAAAACCGAUGAUAAUAUUCCAUUUGAUGAGGAUAAUUGGAAAUGGAUAAAAAUUGGUGAUGAUGUCAUAAUGAGAACACUUGCGCCAUGUUACCGUUGUAUUGUUCCAAAUAUUGAUCCAGAAAAAGCUGAAAGAAAUCCAAACACAGAACCGUUGAAAACGUUAAAAACAUAUCGUAUACCAAAAGGUAGUACAAGUCCUAUGAUGGGUCUUCAAUUAGGUAUUCGCCAAAAUGGAAAAAUAAAGAGAGGUGAUACUAUUUAUGUUUCCACUAUAUGAUGACGGUGACUUUUUUUUGUUUUAUUUAAAGAUUUUUAUUAUGUAGAUUGAAAUGCAUUUUUAAUUAUUUUUUUUAAUAAAUAUUCACAUAUAUAUGUAUGUAUAUUUCUUUUAAAAA